AUGCUUGUUUUUCGUCACUGGCUAGAGAAACUUUCCCAUUGCUUCAUCGAAAACUUCAAAGUUGAACAAGGCUUUAUCAAUCCGGACAUUCUUGAAUUAUUUUUUGGCGAUUCUCCGUUGAAAUUCCACACAAAUUGCUUCUAUCUGAUUAAUAAGAAACACUACAGUUAUAUUAGAAGAUACGAAUUUAUGUAUCAUCACGUCGUUAUUCACGGAUAUCGAGGCCUCUAUUUCGAAGAUAAUUUUUGGAAAAUGCGUGGCGACCUGGUAAAAGAAGAAGAACGCUAUUUUCAAAUGGAGGAUGAGGAUAUGGAGGAAUUCUUCAAAGUCGUGGAGUAUCAAAUGUUUCGUGUAGAUAAUCCACAAAUUCAUGAGAUGAUGUAUUUUUGUUUUCCUAAGGAUUCUAAAAAAAUGGCUAUUUGGCAAAUGGGAGAGGUUGAUGGAUAA